GAACCAGCCGAUGCAGAAGCUCCGGCUGGUCAAUCCGACGGCGCUGUCCCUCCCGGCGGUCGCCAUUGUCCUCCUCAUCGUCGGCACGCGCCUCCGCGGGUCUUUCUUCGGCACCUACAGCCCCGCGAUCCCAUCCGGUUCUGGGGUAAGCAACUCCACCUCUGCUCUUGUGCCGGAGGGAUGCGACAUCUUCCGGGGUGAGUGGGUGCCCGACGACGGCGCGCCGUACUACACGAACCGGAGCUGCGCGUUCAUCCAGGAGCACCAGAACUGCAUGAAGUACGGCCGGCCGGACCUCGGCUUCCUCAGGUGGCGGUGGCGGCCGGACGGGUGCGAGCUCCCGCGGUUCGACGCGGCGAGGUUCUUGCAGGUCGUCAGCAACCGGUCCAUGGCGUUCGUCGGGGACUCGCUGGCUAGGAACCACAUGCAGUCCCUCGUCUGCCUCUUGUCCAAGGUGGAGUACCCGAAAGACAUCUCCACGACGGACAACCAAGAGUUCAGGACACUGUACUACGAGUCGCACGACUUCACCCUCUCCAUCUACCGGUCGCCGUUCCUCGUCAAGGCGAACCUGUCCGACAACUCCGACUCCGACCACGGGCUGUGGAACCUGUACCUGGACGAGCCGGACGACGCGUGGCUGCCGUUCGUGUCCGGCGCCGACUACAUCAUCAUCUCGGCGGCGAGCUGGUUCACGCACCCGUCCCUGUUCUACGAGGCCGGCGGCCACCUCGUGGGCUGCAAGUCUUGCAACCUCCCCGGCGUGCCCGAGCUCACGCUGCGCUACUCCAUGCGCGCCGCGUUCCGCACGGCGCUGCGGGCGAUCGCGGGCCUGGAGGGCUUCACGGGGACGGCGAUCGUGCGGACGCUGACGCCGACGUCGCACUUCGAGGGCGGGGAGUGGGACAAGGGCGGCGACUGCCGGCGGACGCAGCCGUACGCGGCGCGCGUUGGUGUUGCCGGACAGGACCUCGAGCUCCACCAGGCGCAGGUGGAGGAGUUCGCCGCGGCGAAGGAGGGGGCGGCGAGGGGGGUGAAGAUGAUGCUGAUGGACGCGACGGCGGCGAUGGUGCUCCGGCCGGACGGUCACCCGAGCCGGUACGGGCACUGGGCGCACGAGAACGUGACCCUGUACAACGACUGCGUGCACUGGUGCCUGCCCGGCCCCGUCGACGUGUGGAACGAGAUGCUGCUCCACAUGCUACUCGCCGGAGCUUGAUCGAUGAGUUGCUCGUGUUUCUGGCUUCUGCCGUGGUUCCAUGUUAAAUCUUUGUCACGGGAAUGUAGGCCUCGAGAUAGAUUUUAGUGUCGUUUGAGUUACUCUUU